CAAGGAAGCGCUGUUUUCAGCAGGCAGCCAUGCUGAGAGCGAUGCAGAGCGAGAGAGGCAGCGCUUGCAGUGACGCUGUUCUCAAUAACCAAGCAGCGGUGAGCAGUAGCACUGGCCUUCUGAGCAUGCCUGAGAUUUUGUGAGCGUGUGUGUGUGUGUGUGAGCGAGUUAAGAGCUCUGUAGCUGUGAGCAAGGAGGGCUGUUUUGUCAUGUCCUCUGCGCAAGCUGGAUCAGUGCAGCUCUGACACAAGCUGCCCUCAGAGGAAUUCCCGCCUCUCUGCCUUAUGCACCACUACCAUGCGUACGUGUGUGAGGGGGAGCGGGAGAUGAAGAGAACACACUAGCCACUGUGGAUCUGUGAAGGACAUAGUCAGUUCAGUCCAACCGGAAGACCGUAACUGCCUUCAUGCCGGAAUAACUUCAGCUGGGAAUUUCCUGUUUGGGUUUUUUAAUUUUUUUAUUUAUUUUUUGUUGUUUGUUUUUGUUUGUUUGUUUUGGGGGGAGGGGGGCUUGUGGCUCUCUGCGCAUGUUGUGUGUGAGCACCAGUCGCGGAAGGGCGGGGGGUUGAGGACGCGUCUCCGGGAGCACCUAUGAGGUCUGAGCGGAUGAGCCGCGUGUGCAUCGUCGUCCUGGAGGAGGUGGAGGACGACGAGCCCUCCCCUCCGCAUUCCAAAAUCGCUCAGGACCGCGUUUCCCAGCAUUCCCCUCCCCACGCCGACACUCGGGACGAGAAGCCCUCGUUGCUGAAAGCGAUCUUUAACGCGGACCCCGACGAGGUUCGCUCGCUCAUAUUCAAGAAAGAAGAUGUCAACGUGCAGGACAACGAGAAGAGGACUCCACUGCAUGCCGCAGCUUAUCUGGGCGAUGCUGAGAUCAUCGAGCUCCUCGUCCUGUCAGGGGCGAGAGUAAAUGCCAAAGAUAAUAAGUGGCUGACCCCUCUCCACCGCGCCGUCGCGUCCGGCAGUGAGGAAGCGGUGCAGAUGCUGCUGAGGCACUCGGCCGACGUGAACGCGCGUGACAAGAACUGGCAGACGCCGCUGCAUGUGGCCGCCGCCAACAAGGCAGUGCGGUGCGCCGAGGCGCUGGCGCCCCUGCUCAGCAACGUCAACGUGUCAGACCGCGCUGGGCGCACCGCCCUCCACCACGCCGCCUUCAGCGGACACGUUGAGAUGGUGAAAUUCCUGCUGUCCAGAGGGGCCAACAUCAACGCCUUUGAUAAGAAAGACAGGAGGGCCAUCCACUGGGCCGCUUAUAUGGGUCAUAUGGAGGUAGUGCGCUUGCUUGUGUCUCACGGUGCGGAGGUGACGUGUAAGGAUAAGAAGGCCUACACACCGCUGCACGCUGCAGCCUCCAGUGGCAUGAUCAGUGUGGUGAAGUACCUGCUGGAUCUGGGCGUGGAUAUCAACGAGCCGAACGCGUAUGGCAACACGGCACUUCACGUGGCGUGCUACAACGGCCAGGACGUGGUGGUGAACGAGCUGAUCGAGUCCGGUGCCAACGUCAACCAGGUGAACGAGAAGGGCUUCGCCCCGCUGCACUUUACCGCCGCCUCCCGCCAGGGGGCGCUGUGCCUGGAACUGCUGGUGGGCAACGGAGCAGACGUCAACAUCAAGAGUAAGGAUGGGAAGACCCCACUCCACAUGGCUGCCAUCCACGGCAGGUUCUCCAGAUCUCAGGCCGUUAUUAAGAGCGGGGCCAAGAUCGACAGCGAAGACAAGAACGGGAACUCGCCGCUGCACAUCGCCGCGCGCUAUGGCCACGAGCUCCUCGUCAAUACCCUCCUCGCCAGUGGCGCCGACGCUGCCAAGCGGGGCAUCCAUGGCAUGUUCCCGCUUCACCUGGCCGCGCUCAGCGGCUUCUCUGACUGCUGCCGGAAGCUUCUGUCAUCGGGUUUCGACAUCGACGCGGCCGACGACUUCGGCAGGACGUGCUUGCACGCGGCGGCGGCAGGGGGAAAUCUGGACUGUUUAAAUCUGCUACUCAACACUGGAGCGGACUUCCACAGGAAGGAUAGGUUUGGGAGGACGCCUCUGCAUUACGCUGCAGCUAACUGUAAUGACGAGUGCCUGUUUGCACUGGUGGGCUCGGGGGCCGGUGUGAACGACAUGGAUAAGAGAGGCUGCACCCCUCUGCACUACGCUGCCGCCUCCGACACGGACGCCAAGUGUUUGGAGUAUUUGUUGCGUAACGACAGUAACCCAGGGAUACGGGACAAACAGGGCUAUAACUCCGUGCACUAUGCCUCGGCCUAUGGACACCGCCUCUGCCUUGAACUGAUCGCCAGAGAAACGCCGCUGGAUGUGCUGAUGGAGACAUCUGGGACAGACAUCAUGAGUGACACAGAGAACCAGGCCACCGUCAGCCCCUUGCACUUAGCAGCGUACCACGGCCACCACCGUGCCCUGGAGGUGCUGGUCCAGUCCCUGCUGGACCUGGACGUGCGGACAGCGCAGGGCCACACGCCGCUGGACUUGGCCGGCCUGAACGGCCACGUGGAGUGUGUGGACGUGCUGAUCAACCACGGCGCCUCCGUCCUGCUCAAAGACUACACCCACAAACGAACCUCCAUCCACGCUGCAGCUAUGAACGGACACGCAGAAUGUCUCCGCAUGCUCAUCGGCAACGCUGACCCUCAGGCCGCCGCCGACGUCUGGGACGGACACGGACAGACUCCUCUGAUGCUGGCGAUGCUGAAAGGCCACACAGACUGCGUGUACUUCCUCCUGGGGAAAGGGGCCAGCGUGGAGGCCAGGGACAAGCGUGGCAGGACGGCGCUGCACCGUGGGGCGGUCACAGGGCAUGACGCGUGCGUGGAGGCGCUGCUGCAGCACGGGGCCAGCCCGGCUGUGCGGGACAACAGGGGGCGCACUCCCAUGCACCUGGCGGCGGCCUGCGGCCACGUCGGCGUGCUGGGGGCCCUGCUGCAGGCGACCCGCACCAUGGACACCACACCCGUCGUCAUGGACAACCGCGGCUACACGCCGCUGCACUGGGCCUGCUACAACGGUCACGAUACGUGUGUCGAGGCACUGCUGGAGCAGGAGGUGUUCCACAAGAUGGAGGGCAACUCCUUCAGUCCGCUGCACUGUGCCGUAAUCAGCGAUAACGAGGGUGCGGCGGAGCUGUUGAUCGACACUCUGGGGCCUGCCAUCGUGAACGCUACCGACUCCAAGUCCAGGACCCCCCUACACGCCGCUGCCUACACGGACCACGUGGAGUGCCUGCAGCUGCUGCUGGCCCACAAUGCCCAGGCCAACGCCAUAGACGCGCUGGGCAAGACGCCGCUCAUGAUGGCCGCUGAAAACGGUCAGACCAACGCCGUGGAAGUGCUGGUGAGCAGAGCGAAGGCCGACCUCACGCUCCAGGAUGCGAACAAGAACACAGCCUUGCAUUUAGCGUGUGGCAAGGGCCACGAGACCAGCGCCCUGUUGAUCUUGGAGAAGGUGACCGACCGGAACCUCAUCAACGCCACGAACGCCGCUCUGCAGACGCCGCUGCAUGUCGCCGCCCGCAACGGCCUCACGGUAGUAGUGCAGGAGCUGCUGGGGAAAGGAGCCAGCGUCCUCGCCGUGGACGAGAACGGCUACACCCCCGCCCUGGCCUGCGCCCCCAACAAGGACGUGGCCGACUGCCUGGCGCUCAUCCUGGCCACCAUGAUGCCCGUGUCUCCCGCCGGCCCAGGGCUCACCUUCAGCGCCAUCAACCACUACUGCAGCCCGUCGAAAGCCGUGACCUUCGACCCCUUGCCUGCACUGCGCUCUGAGCACGCCUCCUAUCGCGGCUUCAACAGCCUGGGCCGCGAGGAUGGCCUCGUCGCUCCCGAAGACGAGCUCAACGACUCUGACUCGGAGACUUACUGAGCGCUCGAACCAGCUGCCACUAUAAAGGUGCCGUGCUCCCAGCCGAGCCAAGCAACCCAUACUUCCCUUCUCUGCCAUGUUCUAGAGCUACCGAGUGCCUGGAGACUGUUAGAGCAGCUAGCGCAGCAGCACUAAAACGCACAUUUAAAACAAUGGAUUCUGAGUGGAACGAUCCUUUAAGCUGUAUCGCCCCCUGCUGGCGUCAUGGUGUCCACCUCUUUUGUCAGUGACCACCCCCAGUUCUUCCCCCCCCCCCUCUCCGGCCUGUGGGGCCAACGUCUCAGGAACCUUCAGACUGGGGCAGAGAGGGACAUGGCUGAGCCACUACACUACAGCCUGUGGUUUCUCGCUUCCGGUAGUCGUCAGUUUUUAAUCUCCUCUUUGGAGGCAUCGUUCUUUCAUCUUGCAUCUUUUAAUCCAGACCCCUUCUGUGGUCCUCCACUUUUGGAACAGGAGGACCAUAGCCUCACUGGCAGACUGAAACAAAAACGUUACUCUUCUGGAUCUGCAGUUACCAGAGACCUCUGGCAAUAGAAGGAGGAAGUAUGAAUGUUCAGAACUGAAGGCCAAGGAACCCAGCCAAAAGGGACCAAGUUGUUCACUCAGCCCUUUUAAAAGCAUGAUUUAAUUGAGGGUUUUGGGUUUUUUGUUUUUUUUGUAGGUGUAAGCUAUGGUUAACUUAUUGCAAUCAAGAUCAACCAAGACUGGGGCCACGAAUCACUAGCCAAAAUCCUGUUAAGGGCGAGUUUGCGGUUUGCAUGCAGUCUCCAUUGCUGCAAAAGUGGAUGACUUAAUGUAGUGCAAUUUUCCUGAGGUGACGUUUGGUUAAAAAGGCCUUGUUACACAUUUCUUACCUAUGAGUCUUAGACCAGCUAUCAAGGUUCCAACAGGGUCUAUACAUGUUCAGCUAUGGUCUUUGGUGAAUCACAGCGUUUGUUAUACUGCAACUUUAAACAGGAAAGGUGUGUGUGUGUGUGUGUGUGUGUGUGUGUGUGUGUGUGUGUGUGUGUGUGAGACUGAGUAUAAAAUAAUUUGCCUUUUUAUAUGAGUGCAAGCAGACGGGGAGGGGGGGGCUCUGACCUGGCUACUUGGCGUAUUGUUCAGAUGAUUACUAAUAAAUCAUUAGUUAAACCUUUAA